AUGACGACCUACCGCAGGACAAGAAGAGACAGUGUCCCGGCUACCCGUGCUCCCACUUUUGACCUCGGACCUCAACCGUCUAAUGGAGAGAAUAGUCCAGACGAUAGCAAUCAGUGGGAUGAGUUGCAAAGAUUCGUUAGUUCACCAAGCGCGCCAACAACCCCUCGUACCAAAAGGAAGAUCCAUUUUAUCGAGCCUUCUCCCGAACAUAUUGCUCCACGACGAUCCAAUACAGCUCCUCCAGGCUUUCGAGUCUCGUCCACUACUACCCUGGAGCAGGAACAACCCUUUCCAGGAGGACCAGAUGCUGAGGGGUCGCAACCUGAUCUGAUCUCAUUCGAAGAACAUGAAGAGCCGCCAUCCAAGAUAACGAGAGACUUGGAUGAGGGUUCCACCAACAGCUACGAGAGCGAUCAACCUUUCUACGACAUGGAAGUCAAUGUGGCGACCUACAAUGAUGACUCUACGCCAACAGAAGAGCUUCCGCAGGUCUCUCAAGAUGAGAACGACGAUGCAGAGGAUGCAAACGAUCCCAUCUUCUCUGUCAUGCGUGCAAAAUCGCAUUCAAUUUCAGGCGCUUCGGCACUGUAUCAGGAGAGACCUGCUUCAACCAGGUUCUACCGUACUUCUUCGGCAUCAGGACUGUAUUCCAAACCAGCUUAUAGUCCAAUCAUCAAAGCACACGUCGCUGGCAGCCCCAUUCGCUUCGAUUUUGCUACGACACCUGGUGAAAACGAUGACAGCGAUGAGCAACUUGAGGAUUAUUCAAGAUUGUCUCGAAGCCAGACAGCAAGCUCCAGAUCCAGUAACAGUGCAUACUCAGCAACGUGGGACGACAAAGUCACGGACAAGAUGGCAGGCCCGUCAAGCGAUACACCCAGUCCGCGCGCAAACGUACGAAGCUCAUCGGGCUCCGGAAGUGAGUUAGCCUUGGAGGCGGUCAAAAGGAAGCUCUCUACUAUAUCACGCACGAAAAAGGUCAACAUGAAGCACGUCAAGAGGCGAAGCGUAGAGCCCCUGUCGAGCCCCGAUGAUAUCCCAGCUCCGCCACCUAACACUCUUGCAACAAGCGACACGUUAAUGCAGAGUUAUGGAGGAUACUCGGCCAAACACAUCCAUCCAGGUAAUUCAUCGCCUGCUCCAGGGCAGAUGACAGCGGAUCCGGAUGAGGCACAAUGCCCGACACAAAGUGCCCGAUUGUCACCGCAUCUCAAGCCAGCCCUGAAACAUGUCGGUCCUAGCACGCCCGCUAUUGCAAUAAUCACGCAUGAUCGAUCUGUAGCCUCGCACAAGGAUAGUCUCGAGCUUGUACGCCAUCGCUUUGGUGAAGAAUGGCCAACAGUUGAUCCUCAGCUAUCUUGUACACGAGACUCGAUUGUUCUGGCCAAACAACGAUGGGAGAAAUAUCCUAGAUCGCAUGCCGUUAUUGACAACGAGACUGGACACGUCAAGUAUGGAGGCCUUAGUCCUAUCAUGGACGCCAGCCCUCCAGACCAAAAGGUGUACCUGGCUGCCAGACGUGAACAGCUGGCAAAGCAGAGAGAGAUGGAAUGGCACCGUGAGAUCGGAGGGCACCCAGAGAACGAUGACGACUGUCCUGUCUGCGAGGUGGAGAGAUCUCGAACCAAGAGAUUGGCGGCCUUGCGAGCAAGUUGA